GAAAUGUAAAUAUUAUAUAACGGGGAAUCUUAAAAUGGAAUAAAUAAAGGUUGAUUGAAAAUUUUUCAAUUAGUUUUACAAAUGUUGACAUACGAACUUGUGCCCUACAUUAAUCAGAAAGGUGUGUCGCAUGCAAACAGUAGUGAUUUUAUCUUUGAGUGGGGUAAUUAAAAACAAAUCGGCUGUCGUUUAAAAUUGUUUUGAAAACUGCAUACUACCAUAUAUAAUGAAUAAAAUCUACAAACUGAAGCUAUUUCUUCCGGAAGAGCAUGCUAUGUUUCUGAAUGCCAAUAUAUCUAAGAUUUAAUUUUUCUUUAUUUUUGAUGAAAUAACUAUAAUUCAAUGACAUUAUUUACACAUGUUAUAAGAAGAUCUAUUAUAAGUUGUAAAAGACAGAAUUCUUGUCAACUGAAUGUUAUAUAAUAUCAAAUUUAUCUUUAUACAUAUGGAAACAUCUGGCGAAUAUUUUAUAUAGCUACAAGGUGCAACGAAGAAAAACUCUGUGGUCGGGCAUGGAUAAACGAAAAUGUGAUACAUAAGUGAUAACUGGUGUUGUCGUGAAAAGAAAUGUGACAGAAUAACAACAGAAAUGUGUAUAUAACGGCGUUGUCAAUUGGACGUGUUAAUGCUAUUUCUUUAGACUGAUUAUGGGAAACAUUUAGAAAUUAAUAAUAAGUAACAUCAUAAGAGGAUUUUGUCAGGACAGAAUUGGUUUUAACGUCAAACAGAAUGACGAAUUAUGGAUUAUAUCUUAUUGACGUAUUGGAAUCUAUAACAUAUAGGGGAAAAUCACAUUUGUUCUAGAACUAAUAAACAUAGAAGAAUGCAUUUAAUGUAAAUGCGAUUUUAGAAAGAAAAAUGAAGCGCAUCACUUUUCUCGUGCGUUUAUUAUAAGGCAAUUGAUGUAUUUUGAAAUCCAGUGUAGGUGAACCGUUAAGCCACCUGUAAAUAGGAUAAAAUGAAUCGCAAUAUGUAAGCUACAUAAUUUACAAUUCUAAAUGCAUGAACUGACGUUGCACUCUUGGAUAUUAAAGAAUUUUCUUUAAUGAUACUGAACCGUGGUUAUUUUGAUACAAAAGGAGCUGUAGUUCAACGUAACGAUCGAUGAGACACUAUAAAGCGGAUAAACACUGAUAAAGUUGUAAUAAAAAUAUGAUAUCAACAGAUCUCCCUCAGAGUGAAACGUAUUGAUAAAAGAAAUAGAUCGUGGUAAUUUAUGGACAUCUAUAUUUAUAUUUCAAACAGAAGAAUGUUGACUUAAAACGUUGAUGUUGUCCUGGAUUUAUAAAAAAGGAAUGAUAUGGCUUCAGAAAAUGACAGUAAUAAUAGUGAGAAAAUGCAUGAAAACGUGACAACUGGUGUUCAAAGAAGAAAAUGUUUAAAAAGGAAAGAAACAGCCAGAAGGAAUUUGAUAGAUUCUAUUCACACAAGACAUGGGAAUGCGAUGCACUGUGUCACGUGUUUGUCAAGUGAACGAAUGAAACCGGAUGUUAAAUUUCCAAGAGUAAAUUCAAGGGAAACAUCUGUAAGCAGUACGGAAUAUUCACACAUUCGCACUUACAGUGAAAGUAAAAAUUCGCAAUUUAGAACUGUAAUAAGUCCGAAUUCUUAUAUAGAAAUUGCGGACGAGAGCGGACGUACGGACAGUGUAUCCAGGAAUGGUAUAUAUGGAUAUACGCGUAAAUCUGACAGUCAGCAUAUCAGUCUUCCAGAAAUCAUAAUGGAAUUUAAUCUAGAAACAAACAUGGCUAUCAGUAAUAAUGGUUUCCGUAUGACGUCACCAUCAACGGACUUAUACGGUGAUGAACGAGAGAUCGGUGCACCAUACGAAGCGUUCUUAAACAGGACCAAACAUAAUAAAUUCAACCCAUGUUGGUCCCGCUAUCGACCAGUUACUCCAGGGCUUUUAGAAUCUCUGAACAAAAUGAAGGUGCCAUCAAAAGUUAAAACUGAGCAAUGGGUCAAGUCGUCCCAAUGCACUCGGAAAUCCUUGCAAGGUCACGUGUAUAGAACGGAAAAUAUUGACAACAGUACAAAUUGGAUUUACGAUGAUUAGAUUAAAAUAUACAUAAACAUGGAUGUUGAAGGGAAAGUAAAACUUUUGGGAAAGCCGAAUAAUAUGGAAAUUGAUAUCUUCUAAACACAACAUUCGCCUUCAGUAUCCAAAGAGCGCUUUUAAAAAUAUUUUUAAAACUGUUUUGUAUAAAAAAAAAACUUUUGUUUAAAUCCUGAAAUCGCGUCGAAAGUCUCCUUUUUAUUAACAUUCAGAUCUCGUAAACACAGUAGGCCCUUACUUAUAGAUUCUAAUUGAUAAAUGAAGGUACUUCAUAAUUUCAAAAAAAAGGAAUACAUACAUAUGGAUACUUACCAUUUUAAUCUGUGAGUGGUAUAUGGUGUUCAAAAGUAGGCCUAUUAUUUUGGCAAGUCUUUUAAGUGAUGAUAGACUAAAGACUUUCCUUAACAAGAAUGGUAGAAAUGAAUUGUUCAAAACGGGUGCUUAUAUAGACUAGCUAAAUCUACCAUUAUUAUCAUCAGAUUUUAAGAAAGAUGGUGUGUUCAAUAAACAAUUUUAUAUGUAGUAAUGUAAAAAAUAAUAUACACUAACAGUGAUUCGUCGUUGAAUAAAAUUAUUGUUCGAUGUUCAGAUGCAAAGGAAUUAGAAUCUAUAUCACAAGGGCGCAGCCCGAGUGACAUAAUAAUGAGCAUCUGAAAGACAACCCGUGAUUUUAUUCAGUUUGAUACAUAUGUUUCGAUUCUAUCACGUUAUCAAUGAUUGUUGCCUACAUUUUUUGAAGAUAGACCCUAUGCAUAAAUUAUUUGCCAGUUUUGUGUGAUUUUCUUUUCUGGAACCAAUGUGCGAGUAUCAUGUUCGACCCUAUGACGUAAUAAUUGUGACGUACAAACUACACGUGUUGCAAAAUAGCACACAUGUUCUAUCUUCUUUGUUUAAUUAAUGUUAUUUACGAAAUAAGUCGGCUCGUGUUAGAAAAGAAAUUCGAACUGUAGAGCUACAUCUAUUUUAUCUAUAUUUUUUCAUUAUAGUAAAAAUCUUUGAUCGAACAUAUUGUAAACUUGUUCACUGUUAUAUGUGUCCGGAACGUUUUUAACAAAUCUAUUUUGAUCGUAAAAUUGCAAAUCAUAGCAGCUUGUAAUAAAUACCCGCUCGGUUAUACGAAACUAUGCAAACAAGAGCAGCCAAUCGAGCCUUGUUACCUCAGAAAUGGCCAACCUUAGGGUCGGUAGAUUUCAGGUACUUGAAUGCAUUUAGUGCAUAUGUUCGUAUCGGAGGACACUUGAAUCAGUUCAGCUUUAUAACACUGUUAUUUAAAGCAUUGUAUAUUAUAAUUCUUAUAAUUAAAUACAUGCAGUAUAUACUCACA